UCCCUCUCACUUCCACACAUUCCCUCUGAUUUCCUCCAUACCAGAAACUACUCUCCAACACACAAAAGGAUAAGACUUGAUAAAAAUCAAAAUACAAAAGCAAGCCAUUGUAGGAAAAAGCUCUUUCUCUUGCUCUCUUUAGAGUAAAUUUCUCUUGCAAUCCUUUGUAGAGCUCCGGGAUCCAUUGUCACCAUGUCUUGCUCAAAUCUGACAAUGUGGGUGUCCUCAAAACCCUCUCUUUCUGACACUUCUUCACUCUCUUUCCGUUCUUUCAUCAGCCCUUUUCAGCUCCCAUCUCAGAGCUCAACCCCCGGUAACCCUUCCAGGUCCUCAUCUGUAACCCCAGUUCACUGUGGUCUUCGUGAGCUUAGAGACCGUAUUGAUUCAGUAAAGAACACGCAGAAGAUCACUGAAGCCAUGAAACUUGUGGCUGCUGCUAAAGUUAGGAGAGCACAAGAAGCUGUUGUCAAUGGCAGACCUUUCUCUGAGUCCCUGGUUGAAGUUCUUUACAACAUCAAUGAACAGCUCCAGACUGAAGACAUAGAUGCUCCUCUCACAAACGUCAGGCCUGUCAAAAAAGUUGCUUUGGUUGUUGUUACUGGUGAUCGUGGUCUCUGUGGAGGUUUUAACAAUGCUAUCAUCAAGAAAGCUGAAGCUAGAAUUGCAGAAUUGAAGCAGCUUGGACUUGAUUAUACAAUAAUCAGUGUGGGGAAAAAGGGUAAUUCAUAUUUCAUCCGCAGGCCUUACAUCCCAGUGGACAGAUUCCUAGAUGGUAGCUCACUCCCUACAGCUAAAGAAGCUCAGGCAAUUGCUGAUGAUGUUUUUUCACUCUUUGUUAGUGAAGAAGUCGAUAAAGUGGAGCUUUUGUACACCAAAUUCGUAUCCUUGGUUAAGUCUGAUCCUGUGAUUCAUACUUUGCUUCCACUGUCACCAAAGGGUGAAAUCUGUGAUGUAAAUGGUGUUUGUGUUGAUGCUGCUGAGGAUGAGUUCUUCAGAUUGACAACCAGGGAAGGGAAACUGACGGUGGAGAGAGAAGUUAUGAGGACUCAGACAGCUGAUUUCUCUCCCAUUUUGCAGUUUGAGCAGGACCCAGUUCAGAUUCUUGAUGCUUUGUUGCCUCUUUAUCUCAACAGCCAGGUUCUGAGGGCUUUGCAGGAAUCACUAGCCAGUGAGCUUGCAGCUAGGAUGAGUGCCAUGAGCAAUGCUACUGAUAAUGCCCAGGAACUGAAAAAGACCUUGUCUAUCGUCUACAACCGGCAGCGUCAAGCGAAAAUCACCGGAGAGAUAUUGGAGAUUGUUGCUGGUGCCAAUGCUUUGGUCUAAUGAACUUGAAACCUGUUUCACCAUCAAUUAUGUUCCCUUGUAGUGGGAACCGCAAUGUCUUUUGGAGUUGAAAAAUAAGAGCAUUUACCCAUCUUUGUAUGUUAUUUGCCCCUUACAUGUAUAAUACUUGUCCGGUCACCGUCGAAGAUCGAGUUUCGCAUGCUCCAGUUGCCUUUGAUAUAUUGCAAGCAAGAAUAAUUUUCUUUCUUGAAUUUAAACCGUGAGAGAUUCAAUAGGCUUCAUUCAUUAGAGCUGCUCAAGAGGGGCCUUCUUUCAUGCAGGUUCAUUUGAUUCCCUGCAGCUUUUGGUUACUUAAUCUUAUCAUCUGUUUCUUUGGACAAUUAAAAGGGUUUAGAUGAAACCAAGAUAUCAAUUUGCUUCAUUACAUUUA